AUGGCCACCACCAAGAUGUGCAAGCUGCCGAGCGCUACCAGGCUGUUUCUCUUCGUCGCGCAGCUGGGAUGGACAUGGGCACUGAUCCCUCCUUCCCCCGUGGCCGUGGGCCUCUCUGCCCGGCGCUACGACUCCAUCUUCAGCUUCGGCGACUCCUUCGCCGACACCGGCAACAACCCCGUCGUCUUCGCCGCCAGCUCCGUCUUCGACCCUGUCACGCGCCCACCCUACGGCUCCACCUUCUUCGGCCGCCCCACCGGCCGCAACUCCGACGGCCGCCUCAUCAUCGACUUCAUCGCUCAACGCCUCGGCCUGCCGCUCGUCCCGCCGUCCCUGGCGCACAACGGGAGCUUCUGCCGAGGCGCCAACUUCGCCGUCGGGAGCGCCACCGCUCUCGACGCCGCUUUCUUCCACGGUGGCAAGUUCCCUCUUAACGCCAGCUUGGACGUACAGCUGCAGUGGUUCGAGUCGCUCAAGCCUUCUCUCUGCCGCACAACCAAAGAGUGCGAGGCCUUCUUCGGCAGAUCCCUCUUCUUCGUGGGCGAAUUCGGGGUCAACGACUACCACUUCUCUUUCCUCACCAAGAGCGUGCAAGAGAUCAUGUCGUUCGUUCCAGAUGUCAUCAGGACCAUCUCAACGGCCAUCGAGGGGCUGAUCAAGCACGGGGCGACAAAUUUCGUGGUUCCAGGGACAAUCCCAUCGGGAUGCGCACCGCCGGUUCUCGCCUUGUUCCCCAGUGCCGCCCCGGCAGAAUACAACUCCACCACCGGUUGCCUGGAAGAUAUCAACAAGCUAGGGAUGCACCACAACCUGCUGCUGCAGGAGGCCCUUGACAAGCUCCGGGGCAGGCACCCGGACGCCAUGAUUGUUUAUGCCGACCUCUUCGGUCCAAUCAUGGACAUGGUGGAGUCGCCUGGCAAGUAUGGGUUUGAAGAAGAUGUUCUUACCAUUUGUUGCGGAGGGCCUGGGACACUUUUCUGCGGCGAUGAAGGUGCAAACCUGUGCGAGAAACCGGCUGCUCGUCUGUUCUGGGACGGCGUCCACUUGACGGAGGCGGCUUACCGCUACAUCGCCGAUAUCUGGCUGGACAGCAUAGAUUCCCCUGCAAGACAGAGCAGAUAUCAGUUAGUGAGGUAG